UUCACGAAGACGUUUCUUAAAAGAGUUUAAUACUAUAAUGCGUGUUUACUGUUUAGUAUAUUUACGUUUUUACGAAAAUUAUUAUUUCCGGUUAUGAACACAAAUUAACAUAUCGUUCUUCUUCUUUUUGUUUAUUGUACGUUUUCAUAAGUGUAUGAGUUUUUUGAACUUGUGUAAAUUAAAUAGUACAUGAUAAACCUACUAUAGUAUUAUUUGUAGGUACAUUUAUGUUAUAAAUAAUACAAUUUAAAUUGUUUGUCAAAAGAUGUAAAGGAUCAUUAUAUUAAUAUGACUGGAAAAAAUCCUUGGGAUACAAAGGUAUCAGUUGUUAGUGGGGCAACGGGUUCCUAUGCAUCAACGACUGACAGCGAACUUAAAUUCACUAGAAAAUUCAGCCAAAGAUAUCGAUGGAGGUGUUGCAUUAUCGAAACGAUAUUAGUGUUUAUGUUGAUAUUUUCACUAUCUUUAUACGCGGGAUAUGAUUAUUUACAACGUACAUAUAACGGCGAAGAAAAAAUAUUUAGAGGUGAUUUGAGAGCAGAUGAAAAGGGAAUAGAUUUAAUCGAUUAUGACAACCCAGACAGUCAAGACUAUCAACGUUUCGUCUUGAACUAUACACAUUUAAUAAAAAACAUUAUAAGCAGUAGUCCGAUACAAAAAAAAUUCAUCGACGCUGAAAUCAUUUCUCUUGAACCCGAUGAGGGCAAUUUGAAAGUGAAUUUCUGGUUAAGAUUUGAACCAGUUAGAUGGAGAGCGUCUGUUACAGUAGAAGAGAUAUUAUCGGCAUUUCGUCGUUUAUAUCCUUCAACGAAAAUCAUCCCGGGGAGUUUGCACAUCAAACAUAUUACCAACAAUGCUUUGCUAUCUACAAAACCGUCGACAAUAGCUCCAGAAAUAUCAACCGUUGAAUUUCAUUCAACCACACCACCGCCGAGACGAUGCACGCCUGUAAGACUGAAUUUGUGUAAAUCCGUUUUAGAGUACAAUUUGACGAGUUAUCCUAAUCAUUUUGGACAUAAAAAUUUGGAUGAAAUUCACGACGAUUUGAUUACAUUCAGGGAUCUGGUAGACGCGGAAUGUUACCAAAGAACAUUGGACUUUAUCUGUCAACUAUUGCAACCGGCUUGCAAACCAGACGUCAAUUUCGGCCGGGACGAAAUAACGUUGCCGUGCAAGCACAGUUGCCGGCUAUUCACCGCGGGUUGUGGUCACCGGAUACCAGAGAAACUGAUGGCCAGUUUUGACUGCGCUAAAUUGCCCGAAUACAGCAACAUCGGCUCGACAUGCGCGUCCAAGCCCGGCUGCGAUUACAAGCUCCGGACCACCGGGUUGUCUAACCGACUGUGCGACGGUGUCUUAGACUGUCCCGACAUGUCGGACGAGACGACUUGUGGCUAUUGUCCUGCUGGUUAUCUGCACUGCAUUACAUCCCGGACAUGCAUCCCAGCCCGAUCUCGGUGUGACGGCGUGGUCGACUGUCCGGGCGAGGUUGACGAACGCAAUUGUCUUCUGAUUUCGUCAACUGGCAGAUCUGUAGAUCAAAUGCUGCCGUUAGCCACUAUUGAUUCGUACCCGACUGAAGGUUUCGUGUUUUUUGUCGAACAAGGAAUGUCGGGCAAGUUGUGUGCAGCUAACUUUCAAACAGACAUUCCAAACGAAAAGAUGUCCGUAGCUCUCCAAACAAUCGCAACAUCACUCUGUCGCACGCUAAAUUACCAGAAUUUGACAAGUGUCGAAAUUGUCGACGACGAAGACCUGCUAACAACAACGUCCGGUCUUUCGCGAUAUGCACAUGUCGUAGAUCCAUUCGCCAGCGAGAUAACUUUUAACCUGGGCACAUGUCCCAGUAGAAAAGUUCUGCGCGUUGCAUGUAGCGAUGCCGUUUGCGGUGUACAGACGAACAGGAGGCAGAAACAUGGUGUCGACGGUUUAAAUAAAAUGGCUUCCCACGGAGACUGGCCAUGGCAUGCCAUUCUCUACAAAAGCGGAACCCACGUUUGCGACGGUAGUCUCAUAUCUUCCGAAUGGUUACUCACCAGCGCUUCGUGUUUUCAAGGGCAAAGCAAAGCCGAAUGGGUGGCGCGUUUAGGAGCGGUGAGGUUGAACGCUGUAUCGCCGUGGCAACAAGAGCGUCACAUUGUCGGAAUGGUCAAGUCGCCCGUGGAAGGAAGCACGUUAGUUUUGGUCAAAUUAAGUUCACCCGUCACUUAUUCGGAUUAUAUUCGCCCGGUGUGCCUGAAUGACGACCAGUCGAGCGAUGUACCGAAUCUACACUGCCAAACGUUGGGUUGGGCGAAAAAUAGAGACAACCUUCAGAGGAUCGAGGUUAAAGAAAGUUCUAUGGACAGCUGUACCAACAUCAGCAUCACGACGGUGAACGGGUUGUGCUACGAUUCGAUUUACGAUCAUAACGAUUGUACGGAGGAAGAAUUUGCUGGAAGUCCGAUGAUGUGCCUAUCAGCUAAUAAGAAGAGUUGGAUCUUGGUAGGCGUUACUAAUUGGCGUAUUGCAUGUUCGGCAGAUGGCAUGAUGAGACCGAGGCUCUACGAUCGAGUUAAGUCGAAUCACAAAUGGAUAAAUACAGUUCUAAAAGACGGUUAAGCGAUAUAUAUAUAUAUAUUUAUAUAUAUUUUUUUUUGUUAUAUUGAUACAGGUCGUAUAAUGCAUCAAAUGUGAUUUGUUUUAAUUUAUUAUUGGUUCAAUUAAACUAUAUAUUA